AUAAAGUCCAGGGUCAUGGGCUUGAUUACUGUACUUGAAAACAUUGCACAAGAAAAAGUUGAGCUUGGGCUGAAAGAAGGCGAGGGUGAGGAACUGUCACCAAGACCACCAUCCACUUCUCUGGUGGACGAGUCCUCUGUGUACGGCAGGAAUGAAAUUAAGGAGGAGAUGGUGAAAUGGUUGCUUUCUGAUAAGGAAAAUUCAACAGGCAACAACGUAGAUGUGAUGUCCAUAGUGGGCAUGGGCGGCAGCGGCAAGACCACACUCGCUCAGCUUCUCUAUAACCAUGACACGGUCAAGCAACACUUCCACUUGAAAGCAUGGGUCUGUGUUUCCACUGAGAUUUUUCUCAUCAAGGAGCUUAAACUCAAAGAGAGAGUAGGUAACAAGAAAUUUCUUCUUGUUCUGGACGACGUCUGGGAUAUGAAGUCUCUUCAUUGGGAUGGCCUACGAAUUCCACUCCUCACUGCAGCAGAGGGAAGCAAGAUCGUUGUGACUAGUCGUAGUGAAACUGCUGCAAAAAUCAUGCGAGCGGUCCCUACUCAUCAUCUGGGGACAUUAAGCCCUCAAGAUAGUUGGUCCCUAUUUACAAAACUUGCAUUUCCAAACGGACACUCCAGCGCUUAUCGACAGCUUGAACCCAUAGGGAGAAAGAUUGUGGACAAGUGCCAAGGAUUGCCUUUGGCUGUUAAAGCACUCGGAAGCCUCUUGUACUACAAGGCCGAAAAAAGAGAAUGGGAAGAUAUUUUGAAUAGCGAAACGUGGCAUUCCCAAACUAAUCAUGAAAUUCUUCCGUCUCUUAGAUUGAGUUAUCAGUAUCUCUCUCCUCCUGUGAAGCGUUGUUUUGCUUACUGUUCAAUUUUUCCCAAGGAUUAUGAAUUUGACAAAGAGAAGCUGAUUCUAUUAUGGAUGGCAGAAGGGCUUUUACACUCAGGACAAAGUAACAGAAGAAUGGAAGAGGAAAUUUCUGAUGACAUUUGCAGCAUAGACACUGGUAGCCAUGGUAGUGGGAUUUGUGGAUUUAACAACCAUUGUAUUGCUUGAUGAAGA